GGAAAGAUGCUCCCUCUCUCUGGCUUCAGUUCAUACAGCAAGUGAAGUCAACACCACUGUCCUCUCAGACAACAUGCUCAGCCUUAUUAAACUGCCCAGAGUCUUCACCAUCAACCAAGUCCCAAAAGUGUUCCAUGAGGACAGCAUCAUCUCAGGCUACCGACACCCUCGCAGCUCAGCCACUGACUGCAUCCUCAGCCUCUUCCAGCUGACCAAUGAAACGCUCAAUAUCUGGACACACUUCCUGCCCACAUGGUACUUCUUCUGGAAGCUGCUGACGGUGGUCCUGAUGCAGGACGUGUGGCGCGACUCGUUCACAUGGCCCCUCCUGGUGUUCCUGAUGUCGUGCUGUGUGUACCCGCUGGCCUCUAGCUGUGCCCACACCUUUAGCACCAUGUCAACGCGCGCGCGACACAUCUGCUUCUUCUUCGACUACGGAGCUCUGAGUCUCUACAGCCUGGGCUCUGCCAUAACAUAUUCUGCCUACGUGAUUCCUGAUAAGUGGGUGAACAGUUUGUUCCACCAGUACUAUAUCCCCAUCGCUGUGCUAAACACUGUCAUCUGUACCGCCUUAGCCUGCUACUCCAGGCUUGGUUUACCAUAUAUCCAAUAUAACCAUGACAUCAUAAAAAGAUUGUCAGAGUGUAAGAGCCCAAAGUUUGGCAAAUUUCUCCGCAUUCUAGCUUUCGCAUUACCCUACCUGUUCGACAACAUUCCUCUCUUCUACAGGCUCUUCUUGUGUGUGGGUGAGGGCUGCACUGACAACAACACCAACCCCCUCCACCACACCCACAUCGUCAUGGCCUUCCUGACCGCAUUCCUCUUCGCCACACACCUACCAGAGCGCCUGGCCCCAGGCAGCUUCGACUACAUAGGUCACAGCCACCAACUGUUCCACGUGUUCGGCAUAAUUGGCACUCAUUUCCAGAUGGAGGCCAUGGAACAGGACAUGGUGAUGCGACGCCCGUGGCUCCUCACGUACUCUCUGCCCAUCACCUUCACCAACACACUGGGGGCGGCACUGCUGAGUGUAACCCUCAGCCUUGGCAUCAUCUUCCUCUUUAGUCUGCCUCUGCUCUGGUCAGCCACCCGGGGAGAACACACUGAGAAGAAGACAUAGUCACAUCCAAUAGCCAAGGGCUGCCAGUACCACUAGCACUAGCCAUUAGCCACAUGCUAAUGACAAUGUAUACAGGAUGUAGUAACUGGAUGGUUCAGUUGGUGGAGCAUGGUGCCUGUAAUGCCAGGAUUGUAGAUUUGAUUCACAGGGCCACCCACACGUAAAAUGUAUACAAGCAUGAAUGUAAGUCACUUUGGAUAAGAGCGUCUGCUAAAUGGCAUAUAUUUGUAUUAUAUUACUAUUAUUAAACUGGACACUGUGGUGGGGGUGGGUUUGGGAGAAGAGGUGAACAAGUGAAGUGACCCACUAUGACUUAUUGGUGUUGGAUAGAGGUGAAGUCAUGACAAGAUACAAUGCUGAAGGGGCAAUGAAAUGUUCUUCACAUAAUGUCAGCAUGGAUGAAUAAACUGGUAGCUGAGCAAGAGCUCCAGAUAUACUACAAUGAGGGACAGACAGUGGUACCUCUGGUAGUAUUACAUUGACUAUAGGACUAGUACACAGUACUAAACACAUAGGCCUUGCUUUUGUUCUCUGAUUUACCAACGCUACUGAGGAGCAGGAAGAG